AUGGUUCCCAAUAAAGUUUUACGAUUAUUUAGCAAGAAACAAGACAAUUCUAUAGACAAUUCAUAUAUACGAAAGCCUUAUAAAGUAGAAUGGAUAAAACAACAUGAAACAAAAGAAAGUAGUGCAAGUAUAAAUUCUCGAAAUCCAUCAAAAGUUGAUGACCUUGAUUCUUCAGCUAAUUGGAGAAGACACCGGAGUACACCACUCCCGGUUGAUCCAAGAAGAUUGGCAAUAAUUGGUGGUUAUGAACAUAAACGGAAUAAUUCUGAUGGCGGUGAAUGGAAUCAGUAUGAACAAACUUUAUCUGACAAAAAAAAAUACGAUAUUUAUUCGGGAAAAGAACAAUUUGCGAAUGAAAUUCGUAGAAAAAACGCUAACAAUCAUCAAUUCGUACCAAUACUACCUAUCACAAAAACAAAUGCAAAACCUAUAUUGAAUAGGAAUACAAAACCUAUCGAGAAUUCAAACAAAAAUGCUGAACCCAUCGAGAAUUCAUACAAAAAUGCACCCAUCGAGAAUUCAUACAAAAAUGUACCCAUCGAGAAUUCAUACAAAAAUGCACCUAUCAAGGAUUCAUACAAAAGUGCACCUAUCAAGGAUUCAUACAAAAGUGCACCCAUCGAGAAUUCAUACAAAAGUGCACCCAUCGAGAAUUCAUACAAAAGUGCACCCAUCGAGAAUUCAUACAAAAGUGCACCUAUCAAGGAUUCAUACAAAAGUGCACCUAUCGAGGAUUCAUACAAAAGUGCACCUAUCGAGAAUUCAUACAAAAAUGCUGAAUCUAUCAAGAAAGCAAAUGGAAAGCCUAUUGAGAAUUCUAACCCUAUUGUGGAUGAGAAUGCUAAUUCUAAAUAUACUAGAUUUGAUAAUAAAUCUGAUUCCAAUCGCCGAUACUGCGGCAAUAACGACAUAGACAUGUUCAUCCUAGAAACACAACUUUCUUCUCCGAGUCGGUUUGACUAUUUAGAAUGGAUACCCUUUGAUAGAUUCAAAGGUGUUCAAUUCAUUGGGUCAGGAGGAUAUGGAAAUGUUUAUCAAGCUAUUUGGCUUGAUGGUCCACGCGAAAAAUGGGAUAAUAAAACUGCUCGAUAUGUUAGAUGUGGCAAGAAGCACGUUGCAUUAAGGUCCUUUAAUAAUUUGAGCAUUGAUUCUAACCUUUUUACCGAAUUAGCCAAAUUUUUAGGCUCUGAAAAUAAUAGUGGUGCUUAUGUAUGCCGAUAUUAUGGAAUCACACGAGAUCCCUUCUCAGACAACUACAUGUUGGUUGGCCAAUACGCGCGUGAUGGCAAUUUAAGAAAAUACUAUGAACAAAAUUCUGCAUCUAUAACUUGGCAAAAAAGAUUAGAUAUCUUAUACGGUAUUGCCAUAGGUAUUCACCCAGAUUUCGAAUAUGAAAUUCCUGAAUGUUAUACUAGUCUCAUAAGACGUUGUCUAGAUAUUGAUCCAUCAGCGCGUCCUGAUGCUGAACAACUUUAUAGAACACUUGGUGAAUGGUUGUGCAUGAUAAAUGUUCCCAGUUCUGAUGUUGCAAAACAGUUCAAUGAAGCUGUGGAGAGACAAAUAGAGCAGCAAAACUCAUCCAAUGAUAAGUCGUCUUUGAAAGGCGCUCAUCCGGAAGCUGUGUAUAUUAGUAGAAGUUACAAAUUCAAAAGUCUUGAAUUUCCGACUAUAAUAUUUACUAGAACCAAUGAGCAGAGAGAACAGUUGGCUGUACGACAGUAUAUGGCAAAUGAAACUAGACUUUAUAAUAUUAAAUUAGAGAUGAUCCGUGCGGAAAAUUCUGUCAUUGCUGCUGAAAUUUAUGAAAUAUUGCAAUAUUUGUGA